GUUUGAAAUAAAUUAUCAAAAUGACAUCGAUGUUUGAUCAGUAUGAACAAGCAUCUCAGCGAUCAAAACAAAUAUAUGUACCACCAAUUCGUCCUGAUAUUAGUACAGCAGGAUUUAUACAAAUGAAGCUACAAGAUGAUGGACCGAUUUUCAUAAAACAGAGAGUUAAUUUUCUGCCAUCUGACAACAUUGUCCACCUUGUUGUUAAUAAUAAUAAAAUUGUUAUUGCUAUGGCUAAUAACAUUCUCCUGCGUAUUGAUAUGAAGAAUCCAGACGCACCGGAAGAAAUUGAUAUAUCUAAGUAUGCAGUGAGCAAGAAAAUCUCGGGAAUGUUUCUUGAUCCAUUGGGUAACCAUUUGUUAAUAGUUUUGGUUCCAAAGGAUCAAGACAAUCCACCUGAGUUGUUCUAUUUACAUAGAAAAACAACAAAAUUAAAACAAGCAAGUAAAUUUAAAGGACAUGAAAUCACAGCCGUCGGAUGGAAUUUUCUAAAUUCUUCCGAAACGACUACGGGUUCGAUUCUCUUAGGAACUUCGAAAGGUCUUAUCUUCGAAACGGAAAUUGGUUUAGACGGUGAUAAAAUAUUUAACACGAGUUUGGAGCAAUAUUGGCGUCAGCUUCCUAACUACUUACCUCUUUAUGGUGCUAAGGAGGUAGAAGGAUUGGUAUUCGAUAUAGGGAGAGAUAGUAAACCACCCAUUACUGGUUUAGAGUUCCAUAAAGUACCAAACACCGACAAAUAUAUGAUUAUUGUUACUACCCUCAUGCGUAUAUACCAAUAUAUCGGAGCAGUACAAAAUCCAGAAGAGAAACCUUUAUUGCAACAAGUUUUCAAUAAGUAUCUAAAUGUCCAAGAAAGUUUUACUGAAGUAUUGAGUUCAUUGCCAUAUUCUAAAAUGCAAUUUUAUUACCCUACAAUUGGAGCUUUACCCAAGUCGUUUGGUUGGUUAACUGAAACUGGUAUAUUGUAUGCACAGGUUGAUCCAAAAAUAGAUCCAAAAAAUACAUUGAUAACUCAACAAAUGUUAACAUGUCCAGAAGCAAGCCUUAUAGGAAACAAUACCUCACAAGUAACAACUGCACCUCUGUCCUUUGUUCUAACAGAAUUUCAUGCACUGUUACUUUAUACAGAUCAUGUCAAAGGCAUAUCCAUUUUGAAUCAGGAAUUGAUAUUUGAAGAUAUUUAUAAUGAUGUCGUUGGAAAAUUACUUAAUAUUACUAAAGAUUAUGUAACUCACUCUAUAUGGGCUUAUAGUGAACGAGCAGUAUUUAAAUAUAAAGUUAAUAAAGAAGAUAGAAAUGUUUGGCAGGUUUAUGUUGACACGGGUGAAUUUGAACUUGCCAAACAAUAUUGUAAAAAUAAUCCAGCACACAUAGAUCAAGUAUUGGUUAAACAAGCAGAAAUGCUUUUUAAAAACAAGGAAUAUGAACAAAGUGCUCUGAUUUAUGCAGAUACUCAUUCGUCAUUUGAAGAAAUUUCAUUAAAGUUUCUCCAAGAAUGGCAAAUUGAAGCUCUAAAAACAUUUCUUAAGAAGAAACUCGAAGGAUUGAGAGCACAAGAUAAAACACAAAUAACCAUGAUCGUUGUAUGGGUAAUUGAGUUAUAUAUAAAUCAAAUAGGUGUAUUGCGGAGGAAUAAUACUUCAUAUUGCUAUGACACAAAAUACUUAGAACUUCAGAAGCAAUUUGAUAGUUUUCUUGCCAUACCAAAAGUUGAGGAAUGUAUAAAAAGAAAUCGUAAUACUAUAUAUGAUUUAAUGGCGAGUCAUGGUGACAAAGGAAAUCUUAUCCGUUUAACUAUAAUGCAUUGCAAUUAUGAUGAAGUGAUACGUCAACAUUUAUACAAAAAUAAUUAUCUAGAAGCGCUUGAAGUCUUAAAAAGUCAAAAUAACAAAGAUCUUUUUUAUCAGUUCGCUGGUAUUCUUUUACAAGAAUUACCACGUCCUGCCGUAACUGCUUUGAUAUCGCAAGGUUCCUCGUUAAAACCAUCUAAGCUACUUCCGGCUUUAGUCUCUUGUAAUAGCGAUGAAAAACAUGCGAAAGAAGUCAUCAGAUAUCUAGAGUAUUGCGUGUACAAACAAGGUUGUCAGGAACAGGCAAUUCACAAUUUUUUAUUAUCAUUAUAUGCUCGUUAUAAAAAAGACGAAGUAAUGCGUUACAUUAGCUCUCAAGGACAAGAUAUAAACAUGGUACAUUAUGAUGUUCACUAUGCUCUACGUUUGUGUCAAGAAGUUGGUUUAACUAAGGCAUGUGUGCAAUUGUCUGCUUUGCUUGGACUCUGGACAACAGCAGUAGAUUUAGCCUUAACGAUCAAUGUUGAUCUUGCUAAACAAAUAGCAGCUAUGCCUACUGAUCACGAUGAUGAAUUGAGGAAGAAGUUAUGGUUAAAAAUCGCCGAACAUGUAGUUCGAGAGAAAGAUGAUAUACAACAAGCAAUGGAAUUUUUGCAUCAUUGUGACAUAGUCAAAAUAGAAGAUAUACUACCAUUCUUUUCAGACUUUGUUACCAUAGAUCAUUUCCGAGACGCUAUUUGCAAUUCAUUACAGGAAUAUAAUCAACAUAUCCAAGAUCUCAAGGAAGAAAUGCAAGAAUCAACAAAAGCAGCUGAAAUUCUUACGAAGGAUAUACAAGAGUUUAGAACAAGGUGCACAUUUAUACAUGUAAAGGACACAUGCAACACUUGUGAUGUUCAGUUGUUGUUACGACCUUUUUAUGUAUUUCCGUGCGGGCAUAGAUUUCACAGAGAUUGCCUUGUGGCUGCAUUGACACCUAUGCUUUCGAUGGAUCAGAGGACAAAAUUAGCGGAUCUUCAACGGCAACUCACUGCACUUUCAAAUAGACCAGAAGAUACAACAUCAGUUGGUUCUGUGUCUUUAUCAAGAAAGGAUCAAAUCAAAGCUGAUAUCGAUGAAUUAAUAGCCUCUGAAUGUUUAUAUUGUGGAGACCUUAUGAUAGAGUCUAUAGACAAGCCGUUUAUCGAGGAGGAAGAUCACGAGAGAGUAAUGAAGGAAUGGGCAUAAAUAAGACGG